AUGGUUCUUCCUUCUCUCUUCAACAGGUCACCGUCCAAGAAGUCCAAAGACGCCACGCCGACGCUCGCCCACCGCACCUCGUCGACGCCCAGCCACCAGGGCACCCCUCCCAGCUCGCCCGACAAAAAGUCGCACUCGCGCGUCAAGGAGCGGGAACGCACGAGCAGCAGCCGGCGCUCCUCCACCUACUCGUCGAAGCGCUCGUCCAAGUACGACGCCGACUCACACCCGCUGAACCUGCCCCCGGAAGAGCGCCAGCGCCUGUCCUUCUCCGCCAUGUCCGCCAUGGAUGUCGACCGCGACUCGUCCUCGCCCGCGCCCUCGAGCCCCGCUGCCGACCUCCCCGCUGGCUCUCCCAAGACGAACGGCACCAACGCCAACGGCGCAACCGGCAACCACGAGGCUCGCCCCGCGCCUCCACCGCACCGCUACACCAAGAGCCCGCCGCCCAACAGCGGCAACUAUGCCGCCACCCCCGAGGCUGCCACCCCGCCUGCAGAGCUGCCCACAAUAGAUGCCGAAGAGUACAAGGCCGCGGGCAACAAGUUCUUCAAGAUCAAGGACUACCCCGCAGCGAUCAAGGAGUACUCCAAGGCAAUCGAGGCCGACCCCAAGAAUGCCACUUACUACUCCAACCGCGCCGCCGCCUACAUCUCCGCCAACCGCUUCGCCGAGGCUCUGGGGGACUGCAAGACUGCCGACGACAUGGACCCGGACAACAUGAAGAUCAAGCUGCGAUUGGGCAGAGUGUACACCAGCUUGGGACGGCCAGACGAGGCGCUUCAGGUCUACAAUUCCAUCCAUGCUACAGCAAAGGACAUGCAGCCCGCACUGACGAUGCAGAAGAACCUGGGCAUGGCUGAAGAGACCGCAAGACAAGGCGGCGGCGGCUCCAUGGUCAUCUACGCCCUCAACGAGGCGGAGAAGGGCCUCGGUCUUGGUGUCGACCGCCCACGGAAAUGGAAGCUCCUGCGCGGUGAGGCUCACUUGCGCAUGGGUAACGUCAACGCGCUGGGUGAGGCUCAGAACGUCGCCAUGUCGAUGCUGCGCAGCAACAACCAGGAUCCAGAUGCGCUUGUGCUCCGCGGCCGCAUCUUGUACGCACAGGGCGAGAACGACAAGGCGAUACAGCACUUCAGACAGGCCCUGAGUUGCGACCCUGACUUCAAGGACGCAGUCAAGAACCUCCGCAUGGUGCAGAAGCUCGAGCGCAUGAAGGAAGAGGGCAAUGCCGCCUUCAAGGCCGGCCGGUUCCAGGAGGCUAUCGACACCUACGCCAAGGCACUUGAGGUCGACCCCUCGAACAAGCUCACAAACUCAAAGAUCCUGCAGAACCGAGCUCUCUGCCACUCGAGGCUGAAGGCCUGGACUACCGCCAUCGCCGACUGCGAGAAGGCUCUUGAGCUGGACCCAGGCUACACCAAGGCACGCAAGACAAGGGCCAAGGCCUUGGGCGAGUCUGGCAAUUGGCAAGAGGCAGUUCGCGAGUACAAGGCGAUUCAGGAGGAGAACCCGUCUGAGCCUGGCAUUGCAAAGGACAUUCGCAACGCCGAGCUGGAAGAGAAGAAGGCCCAGAGGAAAGACUACUACAAGAUUCUUGGGAUCGAAAAGGAUGCAACCGAACAGCAGAUCAAGAAGGCGUACCGCAAGCUCGCGAUUGUGCACCACCCCGACAAGAACCCUGGCGAUGAGGAGGCCGCCGAGAGGUUCAAGGAGAUUCAGGAGGCGCACGAGACGCUCAGCGACGAACAGAAACGCGAGCGAUACGACUCCGGCGCUGAUCUUAUCGACCCUUCUGACAUGUUUGGCGGCGGCGGCGGCGGCAUGGGAGGCGGCAUGGGUGGCGGCAUUGACCCCGAGAUUCUCAUGCAGAUGUUCGGUGGUGGCAUGGGAGGUGGGCGCGGUGGCGGUGGAGGUGGCUUCCACUUCCAGGGUGGCGGCGGCGGCAACCCAUUCGGUGGUAUGGGUGGUGGCAUGCCAGGCGGUGGCCACAGAGGCCAGCAAGGAGGGUUCCCAGGCGGUUUCCCCUUCUAA